GUGCCCUGGAUCAGCCUUAAUUUUAUACAAACUUAUAACAAGAAAAUUCUUAAUUUCCCGGGAUUCCUCAGAAGAAAAAUUAUCGACAGUUCCGCUCAAACCCCCACUCACAAAAUCUUCCAAUAAAAUUAACACUGCCGGAUUCUAGUAUAUGAAUACUGUGGUAAUCUGAAAUAUAUUUAUCAAUUAUUGGAGUGAUUGUUUCUGCUCACAUUAUUUCCUAAACAUCCAACAGGUUAUGGGCCCAGAAAAACGAGUUGUUAGUGUUUAAAAGACGACUUGUAAAAGUGAGCAGCGUGGUGUGAUUUCGUAUUACGGGAAUACCGUUAACGAUACAUUUUUCUUUUUUUUUGUUUUUUUGGCGUCACGAGAAAAACCGUUGGCGACCAAUGUAAGUUUUUGGCGUACCGAAGAGGGAAACCAGUGUAUUAAGAUAUUUAGAUAUCGAGGAAAUUAACGAUUGGUGAUUGUCGUAUUCAGGCGAAACGGGAAGACCGUUGUGACCAACGUGCUUUAUACCGAGUUCUUGUGAAAGUACCGAAGAGGGAAAUCAUUCCAAUUAAGAUGUCGAGCACAACGAUAAAAUUUGAAAAAUUAACGAAAGACCAUUACGAUACAUGGGAGUUGCAAAUGAAGGCAACACUAAUUAAGUGUGAAUUAUGGAGUUAUGUAAAUGGAUCCAGAGGUCGACCAGCAGAGACUGAACCAUCAUUCGCCACCUGGACUAUAGCAGAUGAAAAGGCAUUUUCGGAAAUUAUUCGAAGUAUAGACAAAGCGAUAUUAAAACAUGUGAAAAAGUGUGUAACGGCCAGAGAAGCGUGGCUAAAACUCAAGGACGAGUUUCAAUCGAGCAGACCGGCCCCAAAAGGGUUGUUGUUAAUGCAGUUAGUGUCACAAAAAAUGAAAGAAGGUGAAGACCUGAGAAAGCAUCUGGACGAUUUCAUAGACACUGUAAAUAAAUUAAGCGAAAUUGGGAUGCAAGUAGAUAACGAUUUAGUAUUUUUUAUGCUAUGGAGUUUACCGAUGUCAUUUGAUUCUUUUCGUCGGGCAAUGACAACGAGGGAUGAAAUACCGUCGCCGGAGGUGGUAAAAAUUAAAAUUCAUGAGGACUACGAGUCGAGAAAAUACAUCACAGGAGAGGAGGAAACGCAGGAUGUUAUGUUCGCCAGAGGGGCGCGAAACUCACGAAGAGGAUCGGUUUUCCGACAUUAUCGAGGUCAAAAUAGAGGAGGACAGCAAACUGGUCAAGAUAGAGGAGGACAGCAACAGAAUUUUAGGCGGUUAGGCGUGCUGUGACAUCACGGCAGUUAAUUAUCCACUUGAAAAUUGUUUUCGUGGCAUGUUUUUUUAUGACCCAUAGAACGCGUCGAGAGAAAAAUUUCAUAAAUACAUAAAAAAUGUAUGAUCUCCAUUGUGGAUAUUUAAGCUGUCAUUUUGUUGGGAAUGACUCUAACUGUGAGGAUUGAAGAAUGAAGAUUUAGAAUUUAUGCAAUUCAAUUCAACGAAGUCGGAAAUUACAUUCUAAUUAUCAUUGAAUUUUCAAAGUAUAAUAUUUCGCAUAGGGUACUCUAAUUUUUCGUAGAAAAUUUCGAGAAUGAUGUAUUUCAUACAACUGUAAACCUCGGUAAUUUCGUUGAAUUCUUUCCGGUCGGAUGGUAUACCUAAAUGACUAAUGUCCUUCGAGGAACCUUAAUGACUGUGGCGAAGUUUAUGAUCUGAGCAGGCGAAGUCUUCAAUCCGCGUCCCUUACUUGCCUCCCACUAUUUUGACCUUCUGGCAAUGGAAUUUUGACAUUGUCUUGUCUGUACUAAUGGUCAGUCCGAUCGGACAGUCGAGGAUCAGUCUGAGUACGACUUUAAAGCAUUAAAGAAAUUUUGAAAGUGAAAAUUGACGUGCAAAUUUCCAAUUUACGCAACAGUGUGUGACAAAAUGCGACAAACGCGGCUAGAUACCGAAAUCUCAUUAAUUGGGAAUGAAACACCAGAAAUUCGAGGUAAUCAAUUCCCCUCGAAGAAGCAAAUUUUAGAGUUUUUUUUUCAUUAUACGAGGCACGCCACGCCAAAAUUAACAGCUCGUGAAGCUGCUAGAUGUGUCGUUCGCAAAUGUGCAAUAUUUUGGGAAUAUGCGGAAAUCCAAAUUAUAAAACAGUGUAAUGCUAGUGACAAAUUAGAGAAAUUAGUGCGUGAAUACAGAAAUGUCUGCAAGAAGGGUCCGGUGCGAAGGGAGAAAUCUAUAAAUGCACAAAUCAAGGUGAUUGAUUUUAAGUGCAUGCUCGAUGACUUAUUUGAUAUUGCACACCAGAAACAAGUGGAAGUGAUGAAGAAUGGAACAGCGAGAAUUUUUUUGGGUCUCCAGCGCCAAAUGGGGAGAAAGGGGUACUUGAACCAAAUCAUCGAUACAGCGAAUUGGGGUUUUCCGAGUGAAGAAGAAGGAGCGCACUCCCUGGAAAAAGUUAAGCCGCGCAGGAUUCUUGCAAAUUCCAGUAAUUAUCAAUGGGAUGAUGAUGAAGUUCUUGCUGAAUUAUUUAAUCAGUUCGAAGACAAUGAUGCAACCGACAGCGAUUUUCAGUGCAGUCUGCGGCCCAGCAAGUUGAGAAAACUCAACAUUAUGACUCCGGACCUUACUGCCAUUUUGGAUCGUGCCAAAGUCAGCGAUCGUAUGGCAGUGCGUGUGUUAGCAGCUGCGCUGAUCACAGUUGGAGUCACUCUAGAAGACGUCCAUGUAAGCCGAGAAACGAUCCGCCGUAAAAGACAGAUACAGCGGAAAUCUUUGAGUGGUACAAUUAAAAAUAAUAUCAAGAACGGAUGUUCCAGUUUCAUCACUGUUCAUUGGGAUUCAAAGCUAGUACCAGCGAUAGAGAACAUAUUUGAAAAAAUUGAUCGGCUCUCCAUUCUUAUAUCGGGCAGCGGAGGCGAUCAGUUACUCGGAGUUCCACAGAUUAAACGAGGAACCGGUGAAGAACAGGCCAAUGCUAUUUUCGAGUGCCUGAAGGAAUGGGAAUCUGUCGACGAUAUAUGUGCCAUGGUUUUUGAUACUACUGCUAGCAACACAGGCAGUACAAAUGGCGCCUGUUUCCAACUGGAGAGAUUAUUAGGAAGGAAUCUUCUACAUCUUGUUUGCCGUCACCAUGUUCUUGAGCUGCUACUGAAAUCUGCCUUUGAAACUUUCAUGGGGCCAACUUCAGGGCCAGAUAUUUCUAUUUUUAAAAGAUUUCAAGGGCAGUGGAAGAACAUUGAGAAGGGAUCAUUUUCACCCGGAGUGCAAGAUGCUGAUGCAGAAGCAGCAGUUAAGGAUGAUAUACAAGAGGCCCUUGCUUUUGCUUAUUCAUGCUUAAAGAUUAACAAUAUCCGAAAGGACUACAGAGAGUUUCUGGAGUUGGUGAUCAUGUUCCUAGGAGGAAAUCUUCAGAAUGGCAAUAGAUUUCGAGCCCUGGGCCCUAUUCAUCAUGCUAGGUGGAUGGCUAAAGCAAUUUAUUCGCUUAAAAUUUUUGUAUUUACAGAACAAUUCUACAUGACCUCCCAUGAGAUAUCAGGCUUGAGAAAUGUUUAUAUUUUUGUGGUUUCUCUGUACCAAAAGAGUUGGUUCACAGCCUCAAAUACUGUUGAAGCUCCCAAGAAUGACUUGGAGCUGUUGAAGCGAUUAACAGCUGAUCCGAGCAUUCCAUCAUCGAAAGUCUGCAAUGCGGUAUUUGAAAAAUUUGGGAAUCAUCUAUGGUACUUAUCGGAAGAACUGAUAGCUCUCGCUUUUUUUGAUGAAAAUUUAGAUGUAGACUGCAAGAGGAAAAUGUGUGAGGCUAUAAAAUGUCGUCCUGCGCUUAAGAAUGAUCGAAGAAAGAGAAAGUCAAGAAUGAAGGAUCGAAAAUUUAUCCAAGAAUCGGAUUUAGAUGGAUUUGUGACACAGAACACAAUCGAAUUUUUCAAAAUUUUGAAUCUAGACUCUCAUUGUUGGGAUGUCGAUCCAACAACGUGGGCGCAAAGAGAAGAUUAUAUGAAGGCUUCCAAAAUUGUGAGAUCACUUCUCGUGACAAACGAUGUAGCUGAGAGACGCGUCGCUCUCGUGAGCGAGUACAAUGAUUUGCUCACGAAGAGUGAAAACAGUAAACAAGAUGUUUUGCUCGUAGUGAAAAAAUUGCGGGAAUUCACAGCUGGUUGCACAAAAGAAACUUUGAAGUUUUCAUUAGAAGACUAUUUGAAUAAUUCAUCGGUGGAUAUUGUCAGUGAUACAAAAUAGCCCUUCAGAAAACACAUUGAAAGCGUUCCGAAUUGAGUUCAGUGUUGAAUUUUCAUAUGAAAUCAUGUUUCACAUUAAACUUAGAGUAAUAAACGUACAAUGAACUAUUUGAGCGUCAGUGACAUUCGAGAAUUGUCAGUAUUAUGUAAUUUAUUAUACUUAGAAUUAAGCUAUUUUUACGAUUCAAAUUUUGUUGAAAUUUCUGUAAAUUGAUUA